UUUUGUUUUUUUUUGUUUAUUUCAGUUCCAGUCUAAACUUAUACAUGAGAUAUCAGAUACCAACAUGUGGUAUGAUAUCAUUGUAUGUUAAAUUCUUUCCUUCCUUGUUUUCUGCUAUGUUCAUUAGCUAAGAGAGAGAGAGAGAGAGAGGGAAGAAUAAAGAGAGAGAUAGCUUGUUAUAAGCAAAACAAUGGCUGAUUCAAACUGUACACACAUUAUCUACUUUUUUUGCAUUUUACAUGUUCCAUACAUUGUAUUUGCUUCUUUUAUUCCCCAAGACAGGUUUUUCAUUGACUGUGGAGGAAGCGAGCCUUUGGAACUUGAGGAUGGCCGGGUUUUUGAGCCUGACUGUGGGAAUUCACAUGUCAGUGUGUCAAAAAAUUCUGUUGUUGUCCUUUCAGAACCUCAGGUGACUGCUUCAAACGAUUUGAAUCUCUACAAUUCAGCUCGGGUUUUCGGAGAAACUUCAGUCUACAACAUUGUCACCAAGCAGAGUUCUGGUCAGCAUUGGCUGAGACUUCAUUUCUACCCUUCUGAGAAUCCAAAUUACGACUUGCGAUCUGCCACUUUCUCUGUUGUGGCCAACGGAAUUACUCUGCUUCACAGGUUUUCUUUCUCAAACUCCGGCGAUAUCACUCCUGUCCUCAAGGAAUAUGUUGUGAAUUUGACCGGAAAAAGCUCGAAAAACUUGGUACUAAAACUGUCUCCAUGGAACGGUUCAGUUGCAUUCAUCAACGGGAUUGAGGUUGUGUCAGUUCCCAACAAGCAAUUCCCUUCUAGUGCAUUGCCUAUUCCAAUAGAGAGUGAAGUUGAAAUUCCUCCGAAUGUAGCUUUUGAGACGGUUUAUAGAGUGAACAUGGGGGGUCCUCUUAUAACUCCCAAGAAUGACUCACUUUGGAGGACAUGGGAACCAGAUGAGCCUUUUCUCCUCAAUGCUGCUUCUGCAAAGAGUGUUGCUGGCAAUCCCAGUUCAGUUAAGUACCUGAGUGGGGUGUCGGUCGAGAUUGCUCCGAAUUGGGUUUAUGCCACGGCUCAAGAGAUGGCGGAUGCGAAUGUCACCAGCCAGAAGUUUAACAUCUCAUGGGGUUUUGAUGUUCAAGAUGGUUUCUCCUAUCUUAUUAGGAUGCACUUUUGUGAUAUUGUUAGCACAUCUCUUGAAAGUCUGGUUUUCAAUGUGUAUGUUAAUGAGGAAUCUGCUUUAGACACUUUUGACAUCUCAAGCAAAACAAUGGUUCUAUCGGCAGCCUAUUACAUGGACUUUGUGGCAAAUCUUCCGAGCAGAUUAGAACGGAUUUUGGUCCAAGUGGGUCCUUCUAACUUAGGGGGUUUCCCAUCAAAUGCAAUCUUAAACGGUUUGGAGAUCAUGAAAAUAAGCAAUCUCAUUGGCAGCCUUGAUGGGAACUUCCCAACCGAUGAAAUUGAUUCCAAGUCUUCUAGCAAGAAAAACUGGGUGGUGAUUGCAUUUACUUCUGCUUCAGUAGCUUUAGUAGUUUUGGUGCUAAUUCUAGCAGCUUUGUUCUUCAACUUACAACGAAAAAAUCCGAAGAAACCAAAGCGUCAAUUCUCAUCAUGGUUGUCAAUUCCUACUCAUUUGGGAAUUUCUGAUUCAAAAGUCUCCAUUGGCAGCUCUGCUUCAACAGCACAUUCACUUGGUUUAGGCCGCAUUCUGGCUUUCUCGGAGAUCAAGGAAGCGACGAAGAACUUUGACGAGGGCUUAGUUCUUGGUGUUGGAGGGUUUGGAAAGGUCUAUAGGGGUGUUCUAGAGAAUGGAACCGUGGUUGCAGUGAAGCGUGGAAACCCAAGAUCACAGCAAGGACUCACUGAAUUCAGGACAGAAAUUCAGAUGCUUUCCAAGCUUAGGCACAGACACUUGGUUUCCCUCGUAGGCUAUUGUGAGGAGCUCAAUGAGAUGAUCCUUGUUUAUGAGUUCAUGGCUGGUGGGCCUCUCAGAAAACACUUGUAUGGCUCUGAUCUCCCACCACUCACUUGGAAACAAAGGCUUGAAAUAUGCAUUGGAGCUGCAAAAGGACUUCACUAUCUUCACACAGGAGCAGCAGACAUCAUAAUCCACCGCGAUGUCAAAACGACAAACAUACUUCUUGAUGAAAAUCUCACCGCAAAAGUUGCUGAUUUUGGUCUCUCCAAAUUAGGCCCUACUCUUGAUCAAACUCAUGUGAGCACCGCAGUAAAGGGCAGCUUUGGAUAUCUUGAUCCCGAGUACUACAGGAGGCAGCAGCUCACGGAGAAAUCAGAUGUGUAUUCUUUUGGAGUAGUACUAAUGGAGAUCAUAUGCGCUAGGCCUGCUAUAAAUCCUUCACUACCUAGAGAGCAGGUUAACAUAGCAGAAUGGGGUAUGAACUGGCAAAAGAAAGGAAAACUGGAGAAGAUAAUAGACCCUCAUCUAAUAGGGUCGAUAAACCUCGAAUCCCUUCGAAAGUUCGGGGAAACAGCGGAGAAAUGCCUGGGUGAAUAUGGGGUUGAGAGGCCAACAAUGGGAGACGUUUUGUGGAACUUGGAGUAUGCUCUUCAGCUUCAAGAGGCCUCCAUUCAAGCAGCCUCGGCCGAGAACAGUGCAAACUACUUUCCUGAUAUUCCUGAAUGGCUUCCACAAAAUGAAAAUCAUAGUGGUGAGUUUGCAGCUAUAAGAAGUGACCAAGGAUCUGAUGCAACAUCCAGUGCCGUUUUUUCGCAGUUGAUGGAUCCAAAGGGAAGGUAGUUUGAUCACAGAUUUUUUUAGCUAUGCUAGCUCUGUUUACUCUUUUUGUGACUUAGAGCUAAGCCUUGAUUGAGAAUUCACUAGGCUUAAUUUAUACCAAAAGAGAAAAAAAAACUUGGAUUAAUAGUGAUUAACUUAAAUGCAAGUGUUUUUGCUAGUCAAUAGUAUCAUCUUCUCCUGAUAAAUAUGCAGAGAAACCAUGAAGAGAAUAUUGUUGGUUUUAUUUUACAGGAAAUUUUUGAAAACAAUGUGCUUGAUGAAUGCUACUGCCUCAUU